UGUCUGCGUUUCGUAUCCGCCAUAUUUUCCUGUGGCUACUCCAGCUUACCUGCCUUAGUGCCCUGCCUUACUCCAGUUCCAGCGCGCGCGCGUUUCUGGCUUAGACACACCUUAGCGAAUGUAGCUAGGACAAGCUCCGCAAACAAAAAGCACGACUUGCGGGCGGUGUUCGAGACUGGACUGGUGUUGGUGCCGUGUAAGCGGGAGUAGCGGGCGGGCGUCACUGCACGUUUUAGUAUAUGAGUCUACUGACCCGCGUUUGCGCUGAACUUUUGGUAUCACCACUUUACAUCAUCGAGCUUGUUGCAGCAUCAUUGAGCGCAGUUUUCUUUCCUUGUCUCUUGUAAUUGUUGAUGGCUAGGUGACAUUCGUUCGCUCUUCUAUUCACCUUUUACUAGCUGUCGAUCACCCGUCUUCAUUCUACACAUCCUUGUUACCUAAUUAUUCGGAUACUGUCACUACGAAUACGACUCCCAAAGCAGAUCGAUUACCAUGUCUCGCCUUCCACCUCUAGGAGCCUUGCUCCUGCCUCUCACGGCACUACUCGCCCAACCUGCACUCGCUGCGAAUCCGUACACUAGCUCUAUGAGCGAAACACCGAAAGACAACAACGCAGACUGUGAUUGCUAUGUCGUGCAAUCCGGCAAAGACUCGAAUACACCAGAGUACUUCCAGUAUUACCGAUUCUACGACUUCCGAAACCUCCCGGGCGCGAUGAGCGAAUCGCCGCCGCUACUCAACGAUACAGACAACGCGGGUUUGGCGUCGACAUGGCAGCCGGAUCUCUUCAACAGCGAUGCGUGGAACUACGAUUGGGGGAUCCAGAACUGGAGCAAACCGUCCACCGAAGACUUCCCCACACCAAUGAACAACUCCUUCGCAAACAUCUUCCUAGGCCAAGAGGACUCGACGUCCUACCUCGCACUCCGCACAUCGCGCAUGGACGACUACCAGACAUCUGGCGAGAUUGAGAACGAGCAAAAAAACCUCAUGCACGUCUCCAUGCGCAUGUACGGUCGUGUUCAAGGAGCCAAGGGAGCCGUAGCAGGAUUCUUCACCUUUUACGACGACGACAACGAAUCCGAUAUCGAGAUCCUGACCGACGACCCCAAAGACCAGAUCCGCUACACAAACCAGCCCUCAGUAGGCAAGGACGGCAAUGAAGUGGCUGCCGCGUCUGUGGGCCCCACCGAUCUUCCACGUUGGGACGACUGGCAAACACAUCGUAUCGACUGGCUGCCCAAGAACAGCUACUGGUACCUCAACCAGAAGCAAGUCGCCUCCAACACAUACUCUGUACCCCGCGAGCAGAGUUUCAUGGUCCUGAACAUGUGGAGCGAUGGUGGAGAGUGGAGUGGCGAUAUGGAAGUGGGCGAUAAUGCCGAGUUCCAUAUUCAGUGGAUCGAAAUGACGUUCAAUACCAGUGGACCGUACACUGGUAAGCCUCAGGAGGAUAAGAGAGAUACGACGAGUUUGUUUGGGAGAAAGAGGUCGGAGAAGAAAUGCAAAACCGUCUGCAAAAUCGAUGACGUGAAAGAAGUCGGUACGCCGGAGGUUGUUGAAAGCGGUGCCAUGGGCAUGAGCGUUUCUUGGGGUCUGUUGGCUGUCGUGGGUCUUGUAUCCGUUGUAGUCGGGUUCUAGAAUGGACUCGCGUGGUAAUGAUUGUAUUAAAUACCAAGUCACACCCUACAUUUGAUCUCAUCUGACGCUACUUUUAUUAACUACAGUACGAACUUCCCCAGUACCCGUGGUCUAAGUCGUCUUGCAUCUCUUCUGAUGUCCUUGGAAAUCUCUUGCAUGUAGAACCUUCAAUAUAAUAUCGCCGACCAUCUUUAUGAUCCACGUCAUAUCUGCGAUAGUUGUCCAGUGGGGACACGUACCACCAUCUUUUAACGUCGGUCAAUUCUUUCAGGCCAUCGUCCGCAAGCUC